AUGAGGCCCAAGGUUAUGGAGUGUUUAGGGGAACUGUACUCGAGAUUAGAUGAAAGUGGCAUGAUCAAUUUAUUGGAUUUUUCAAUGAAUGCAAUGGCCACCAAACUUGGACAAUUGUUAUUGCCAAAUCGGUUCAAGCAAUUUUUACCCAAAAGGGAUCCGAAAGCGACCAAAUUUUUCGUGGACUUCAUUCGACAUAUAAUUUCGGAAAGACGACAAAAUCCGGAUUUAAAACCUGAUGACUUCAUUCAACUAUUAAUGGAUGCUGAAAUGGAUAUUACUAAUCUAGUAGCAGACGGGUUGUCAAGUGUGGGGAACAGGAGGUCAUGGGAUAAACAAUUGGCGGAAAACGAGAUGAUAGCACAGGGAUUCCUAUUCCUUGUGGCCACCUAUGGGGGAACGGCAUUAAUGCUGGCGUUCAGUAUCUAUGAAAUGGCUGUCAAUGAAGAUAUUCAGCGCCGACUAUACGAUGAGUUAAAAGGCGCUAUCGAUUCGGAAACGGGAGAAAUCCCUGAUCACGUAUUGGCACGACUACCCUAUUUAGAGGGAGUCAUAUCGGAAACCUUACGGCGCUAUACAGGAACGAUACCCUUAGCUAGAUAUUGUACACAAGACUGUAAAUUAGGCGAUACCGGUAUUAUUGUAAAAGCUGGACAACAGAUUGAGAUCUCUGUGCACGCUAUACACCAUUCGGACCUGAAUUAUCAAGAUCCCUUCAAAUAUGAUCCUGAUAGAUUUAUGCCUGAUAGAAAACAUUUGAUUAAGCCGUACACGUAUUUGCAGUUUGGUGCGGGACCUCGACAUUGCGUGGGUAUGCGUUUCGCACUAUUUGAAAUCAAAUUGGCCCUUGCUAGUCUAAUAUUGCGAUACCGGUUCCUACGGUGCUUCAAAACAGACGUUCCCAUAAGGUAUAAGAGGUUUAUCCAUCAAACACAUCCGUGUCGUGUGAUAGUCAAUGUCAAUAAGAGGGAUCUUUUAAAUUAA